CGCCGCGCCGCGCCGGCCGGGAGGGGCCGGGAGCCCGGACCAUGGCGGCGGCGGCGGGCACCGAGGGGCGGCGCGCGGCCCUGGAGGCUGCGGCGGCGGUGCCCGAACGGGGCGGCGGGAGCUGCGUGCUGUGCUGCGGGGACCUGGAGGCUACGGCGCUGGGCCGCUGCGACCACCCGGUGUGCUACCGCUGCUCCACCAAGAUGCGGGUGCUGUGCGAGCAGCGCUACUGCGCCGUGUGCCGCGAGGAGCUGCGCCAGGUGGUCUUCGGGAAGAAGCUUCCCGCCUUUGCCACCAUCCCCAUCCACCAGCUGCAACACGAGAAGAAGUAUGACAUCUACUUUGCUGAUGGGAAAGUGUUUGCCUUGUACAGGCAGCUGCUGCAGCACGAGUGCCCACGGUGCCCUGAGUUGCCACCUUUCGGUCUCUUUGGGGACCUGGAGCAGCACAUGCGGAAGCAGCAUGAGCUCUUCUGCUGCAAGCUGUGCCUCAAACACCUCAAGAUCUUCACAUAUGAGCGCAAGUGGUACUCGCGCAAGGACCUGGCACGGCACCGCAUGCAGGGGGACCCUGACGACACAUCGCACCGUGGGCACCCGCUCUGUAAGUUCUGCGACGAGCGCUACCUGGACAACGACGAGCUGCUCAAGCACCUACGCCGUGACCACUACUUCUGCCAUUUCUGUGACUCGGAUGGGGCCCAAGACUACUACAGUGACUACGCCUACCUGCGCGAGCACUUCCGGGAGAAGCACUUCCUGUGCGAGGAGGGCCGCUGCAGCACUGAACAGUUCACCCAUGCCUUCCGCACGGAGAUCGACCUCAAGGCGCACAGAACAGCCUGCCACAGCCGGAGCCGAGCCGAGGCCCGCCAGAACCGCCAGAUCGACCUGCAGUUCAGCUACACGCCACGGCACUCUCGCCGGAACGAGGGGGUCGUUGGUGGCGAGGACUACGAGGAGGUGGACAGGUACAACCGCCAGGGCCGCGUGGGCCGGGCUAGCGGUCGCGGAGCCCAGCAGAGCCGCCGAGGAAGCUGGAGGUACAAGAGGGAAGAAGAGGACCGAGAAGUGGCGGCUGCCAUCCGGGCCUCAGUGGCUGCACAGCAGCAGCAGCAGCAGCAGGAGGCACGUAGGAGCGAGGACCGAGAAGAGGGUGGCAGGCUCAAGAAGGAGGAGGCAGGGGCACGAGGGACCGAGGAGCCCCGUGGCCCCCGGCGCCCACCCCGGACUCAAGGCGAAGGCCCGGUUCCCAAGGAAGCCACAGCAAAUGGUCCUGUAAGCCAAGAGGCCUUCCCAGCAAACAGCCUGGCCUCAGGGGCCACACUUCCGAGCACCCUCCCACCCCCGACUUCAGAGCUCAAGGACGAAGACUUCCCCAGUCUCUGUGCCUCCGCUUCCUCUUCUUGCUCUGCGGCGGCAGCCCUGGGCCCUGUGGGGCUGGCACUGGUGUACCCUGUUCCCACCAGGGGCAGGAGCACCUUCCAGGAGGACGACUUCCCUGCCUUGGUGUCCUCUGCCUCCAAGCCCAGCACUGCCCCCACCAGCCUCAUCUCUGCUUGGAACAGCAGCAGUAGCAAGAAGGUGGCACAUCCCACCCUAGGGGCCCAGGCUGCCAGCGGGGGCAGCCAGCCCCCCAGAAAAGCUGGGAAGGGGGGCAAGGGUGGCAAGAAGGGCGGGCCACCUCCCGUAGAGGAGGAGGAGGAUGGGGAGGAGGACGGCCAUGCCGGCCGCACCACCCAGGAGCUGCGCAGCGUGCCCACCACGGUCGCCGUCUCCUCCCUGCUGGCACUGGCCUCCACCCAGACCAUCACCAAGGUCGGCAAGAAGAAGAAGGUGGGCUCUGAGAAGCCGGGUGCCACACCACCCCCACCACUGCCCCCUGACAAAGACGGGCCCCCUGGAGCUGAGCAGGCCCCCACGGGUAGAGCUGAGGGGCCAGUUGCUGUCAUCGUCAAUGGACACACAGAGGGGCCGGCACCGGCUCGGAACAUCCCCAAGGAACCCCCUGGGCUCCCGCGGCCCCUGGGGCCCCUCCCCUGCCCCACACCCCAGGAAGACUUCCCAGCACUUGGCGGCCCCUGCCCGCCCAGGAUGCCCCCUCCCCCAGGCUUCAACACUGUGGUGCUCCUGAAGGGCACUCCACCCCCACCUCCACCAGGUUUGGUGCCUGCCGUCAGCAAGCCACCCCCGGGCUUCUCCAGCCUCUUGCCCAGCCCCCACUCGGCCUGCAUCCCCACCACUGCCACCACCACAAAAGUGCUGACCCCUGCGCCAAGGGCCUACUUGGUCCCUGAGAACUUCCGGGAGAGGAAUCUGCAGCUCAUCCAGUCCAUCAAGGACUUCCUGCAGAGCGAUGAGGCCCGCUUCAGCGAGUUCAAGAGCCACUCGGGGGAGUUCAGACAGGGCAUGAUCUCCGCAGCCCAGUAUUACAAGAGCUGCCGGGACCUGCUCGGGGAGAACUUCCAGAAGAUUUUCAACGAGCUGCUGGUGCUCCUGCCUGACACGACCAAGCAGCAGGAGCUGCUGUCCGCGCACACAGACUUCUGCGGCCGCGAGAGGCCUCCUGGCACCAAGGCCAAGAAGAACAAGAAGAGUGCGUGGCAGACCAGCACCCGGCAGAUGGGCCUAGACUGCUGUGUGUGCCCCGCCUGCCAGCAGGUGCUUGCGCAUGGCGACGUCAGCAGCCACCAGGCGCUGCAUGCUGCCCGGGACGACGACUUCCCCUCCCUGCAAGCCAUUACCAGGAUCCUCACGUAGCUCCCGCCAGUGUAGGCAGAAGCUGCCAUACCCAUGAGCCUCCUUUCUCCUUCCUCCUCCUCCUGGGCUGCCAGGCAGCCAGGUAGGGCCCCGGUGAGGCCGCCUGCUCAGGCCCCUCGGCCUGCUAGCCUGCCAGGGGUCGCUGGGAAGGCCCCCCUGCCCCAUCAGCACACCGUCAUGCAGGAGUCCAUUCGGUUUCCUCCUGGGAACUGGGCAGAGGCCCCUGCCUCGGCAGCGGGCCAGUGUUGGUUUGUACUCUCAUGCUUUUGGAAGCUGCCAGGGGAGGGAAGGGCCGGCAUGCCAGGACCUGUCCAUGCUGUCAGAGCCAGUGGCCACAGCGGCCUGAUCUGGGACCUCCUGAGCCUGAGGGCAAUGGCACUGCGGCCCUCGAGCUGGAAGCUGUGGGUCCACUGCUGCUGGAGUCAGAUGUUGAGUGUGUUGUGUAAACAGUUGGCUGUUUCGUGAUUCAAGAAUGUUCAGGAUUAAAAGCAGACAAGAAAUUGUGCUACUUGAAGUUGAAUCUUUUUACGAAACAAGCUGAAUCUGGGAUCGCAAAUUGCCUCUGACCUUUUAUAAGACAGUUUAUCUUCAAAUAAAUUUAUUUUGCAAUAAUGCA